UAAAUGGUGUAAAAGAGAUAUACCACUUAUUAUAAUAAUAAACCCACAACAACAAAACGACAACAGCAAGUAUUGGGAUGAGUACUGACUAUCAUACCAUGGCACUUCCUUCAAGUGCAGAAUACCCGAGUGGUAGCUUUCCUGACUUACUCCAGAGGUUUGGGUCAGGACAAGACCAAGAUGUAUUUGGCAUUCCUGUCAAUAGAAAUUCUGUACCAAUCCAGAUGGGUUUUGUGCGAAAAGUGUACCUUAUUACUAUUUGCCAGAUCAUUACUGUUGCUGUCAUGACAACGACCCUUGUAAAUAUUCCCCUUUUAUUUAACUGGUUACAAGAAAGUAAAUAUGCCUGGUGGAUAUUUAUCUUUCCAGCAUUCAUAAUAUCUAUUCUUGUUGCCUGGCAAUUGUGGAUGCAGUACUUUCGGCUUCCUCUUGAAACUCAAGCCACAAUGCUUGCGAUUACUUCAUUUUUAAUGUCCCUAAUCUUUGCUGACUUGAUUUCCAAAUUAUGCUACCACGAAGGUUUUGUUGUGAUAUUUAUGGUAUUCUUUGGAGUCAUCGGUCUAUUGCUCUUUACUGCCCAGACACGUUUUCCUUUUAAAGGGCCAUUACCAAUUGUGUGUACAGUUGGAUCUAUCUGCUUGAGCUCUCCGUGGUUUAGACAUGAAUACCAGCUGGACCCUAUUCAGAUCCUUUGGCCCAUUAGUUUGGCUAGCAUUUUCUGUAUUUAUUUGGUGUUCGACCUCUACUAUGCAAUGAACGGACUAAUGCCCAAUGACUACAUCCUGGCCAACCUCUGUUUCUACAUCGAUGUCGCAUACCCUAUUAGAUGCCUUCACCAUCUGUGUGAGUUAUCAGACACCUUUGAGUUGUUCCCUGAGAUCCUCACACCUCGACCAAGUUAAAAAAAGAAGAAAGAAAGAUGUAUUAUAGAAAAGACAUAUUCAUUUAUAGAGUUCUAGCUCUUUGGUAGCUUUGAUUUAUUUUAGACUUUCUGUUUUUGUUUCUUUCUUAUUCUUCUUCUUCUUCCUCCUCUUCUUUGUUAUACCAUAGUCCCCCUCCUUUCUUUGAUAUCUACAACCAUAUUAUAUGGAUAUUUGUAUAAUAUAAAUAUAAAUAUAAAUAUUAUUAUCAUCAAUUUC